UCAACACAUCACAUGAUGACGCCCCGUCUGAGAUCACGACAAACAGCUGGUUCAAGGGUUCUCGUCGACAUCGUCAUUGCUACUAGCUCACUGUCCAAUAGUGUGUCAACAUGAUGAGCUGGAGUCUUCUGCUGUGGGCACUUGGUGCCGUCGCGCUGAGUGCGGCGCUCAUGAAGCACUGGGCGCCGACGCCAACGAUGGACCCAUCGACGGCCGCGUGCUUUGCCAACGACUAUUACGAGGCGCGCGCGCUCUUCCGGGCCCGCGCUGCAGCGGCGGACGCAGAGCUCUAUACGCUGCCGCUACCCGGCGCCAAUGCCGAGCUCACGAUCGACGUGGCCGUCUUGCGGGGUGCAGACCCAACAGCGCUGCUCGUGCACCUCUCUGGCACGCACGGCGUCGAGGGGUUUGCCGGCAGCGCGAUUCAGGCCAAGCUCCUGGGUGACGCGUCGACGUCGCUGACAUCGGGCCCGACCGUCGUCUUUGUGCACGCUGUGAAUCCCUUUGGGUUCGCCAAGCUCCGGCGCGUGAACGAGGCCAACGUCGACCUCAACCGCAACUACUUGACGCCCGAGGCGUUUGCGGCCAAGCGCGCGAGCGACCCGAACGCCGUAGGCUACACGUCAUUGUCGCCGGCGCUCAACCCGCGCCACGCCGCGCACUGGGCCGACACUUCGUUUUUGCCUGCGCUGCUGACGCACGCGCUGCGCCAUGGGUUUGAGAGCGUCAAGCGAGCGAUCGUCUCGGGCACGUACCACGAGCCACAAGGCAUUUUCUUUGGCGGCCACGAGCUCCAGGCCAGCCACCGCCUCUUGACGGCCUUUUUCCAGUCGCACUUCACCAAUGUGAGCCGGAUCGCGAUGCUGGACGUGCACACAGGCCUCGGGCCGCGGGGGUACGACACGGUGCAAGUGACGUCGCCGAGUCUGACGGUGACGCCAGCGAUGCUCAAGACGCUCUUCCCCGACCACGAUGCAAUCAGCGACUCGAACGCGGACGCAACCGCGCUCUCGGGCUAUGGCGACGCCGGCGGGUUCGCGGUCGACGGGUACCUCUCGCUCUUCGCGGAGGCGCCCGUGCGCCUCGGCGUGACCCAAGAAUUUGGCACCAAAAACAUGAUCGACGUCCUCCUGAGUCUGCGCCAAGAGAACGCAGCGACGCACCACGCGCCCGAGACGCGCCUCGAAGCCGCCAACGCCCUCCGCAACGCCUUUUAUGUGCACUGGGACGGUGCGUGGAAGAGUGCCGUCCUGCAUCGCGGCGUCACGCUCUUCCACCAGCUCCGCACCAAGUUGAGCGAUGUCUAGUCUAACAGCGGCGUGAUAACAGACAACAUGUACAUUGUCUGCAGCGGUA